AUGUUCGGAUCAUUCACUAUUUCUACUGGAAGAUUAUGGGGUACUGAUAAUAACCCUUACUCGAAUACUGCUUCUAUAGGAGAGACGUGGGCACAAAAGCGCUUACCUCUCUGUCGGGUUAAAACGCCGAAGGGGCUGUGUGCCCAAGCACCCAUCGAGACUCGCUCGUGCAUUUCCUCCGCAUCACCCAUGACGAUAGUACUCGAGCACAGUGCUUGGCCGUAAUUUUGUCAAUGAAGUGGGGAGUAGAGAUAUGAUAUCGAUUGGCAAGAGGGGUAGUGAUACAUGUUGCGGUGACGUGCCAUCAAAGUUUUUGAUGGGAACUCAACAGACAUGUUGUGCUGUACAUAGUGUUGACAAGGGCAAAUCAGCUACAAGCACUUUCUGUGUAUGUAUCCCCCGUGUUUAAGUUCCGUUAAGCACUAAUGCCCCACCAACGCUGGGAUCGGGGGAGUUUCUCGCUAGGAUCCUAUCUGCAUAUGACAUCCGGCAUUAACGAGUGAUGAGCAAUGACUGUGAAAAAUCAUUGUUCCAAGUCCAGAUGGGCCCGCGGUGGCCCGGGCGGGAGGCUUCAAUACCCGUCACUCGCAGUUCAUCGCUGCUGUGCUCUUCAUGGCCGCUAUUUUGCCAGCCCCAUCUGCACUAGCACAAUUCCUUAAAGAUGGGGUUGGGCGUUUGCUAGGGCGCUCCUGAUUUAAUUUAGCGAGAUUCCAUGAUACUAUUCCCCCCCCCUCUCCCGGAUUCAACUACCGUCAGCUUAUGAUAUUCGUGUACUGUUAGCCCUAUCUCAAGGGCCAUCUGCCGGGAGGUGCAGUUCAGUUACCGCAGGUGGCUUGCUCUGGGGGCGCACUAUCAUACCCGGCCAGGCAACCGCCAACCAAAAGGGAUGCAUGUUUUUGAUUUUGCGGAAUUUUUUUUUCCUCCAGUGUUUUUCCCAGGGAACCCCGUUCGGCAGCUAUUCCGUCCCAAAGACCACGGCAAGGAAUUAAUUUGUCGAGGCUCCGUCUGCCCAAAAGCCUUCCGGCUUAUCUCCUCUUAGUCCUCUUUCGUUUGCCGAUACCAGUAUAUCACGCAGAUCAAAUCUUGCGGCGUUUUAUGGGACGGGAUUUAAGACCAUGAGGGAGGGUUCAAGGAACAAGGCGUGAGGCAUGGGUGUCCCGCGCUGGGGUUGGUACGGGAGCGCGGAGAUGCACACAACCAAAGGAGUGUAUUGGGGAGGGGGGGUAUUGUUGGGGUAUAUUGGGCCCUAUUCUAUGAGAGCCCGUGACCUUCCCUUCCCCGAGGAGAAGUGCUCUUACCCUUACUAAGGGUUCCCAAUAUU